GGCAAAAGCUCGCCGGUCAGCGAACAUGGCCACCACCCGUUCAUAUGUCUCCAACUGUGUGUUGUUAGUGUGGGUAGUUUGGAUCGUCGACGCCGCGAUUCAUGAAUCUCCCGUAAUUCGCACUGACUCCGGCCUCGUUUCUGGUGUACGUGAGACGAUCGAUGGUCGAGAAGUCGACAUGUAUUUGGGCAUUCCUUACGCGGAGCCACCCACGGAUCUUCUGCGCUUCAGCAAACCAAUCCCGAUCAAGCCGUGGAACGGAACGCUCAAAGCCACCAAGAGACCCCCGCCGUGUCCUCAAAAUGUCCACUACCUUACGGAUGAAGUCAGCUUCUACUACACGAAAAAUUCGGAAGACUGCCUGUACCUUAACGUCCGGAAGCCGGCGUCCGAUUGCAAGCAGAACGCCUGCAGCUCCAAGCUUCCCGUGGUAGUCUUUAUGCACGGCGGGUGCUUUCAGUGGAGUGACUCUGGUCUUUUCAUGCACGACGGUGGAAACUUCGCUGCUCUAACGGACACCAUCAUGGUUAACUUCAAUUAUCGACUCAACGUGUUCGGAUUUCUCUCUGCGGGAAACGAAGAAGUCGCCGGCAACUGGGGCCUCUGGGACCAGAAUCUUGUGCUGAAGUGGAUCCAGAGGAACAUCGAGAACUUCGGCGGUGAUCCAUCGGAAGUCACCCUAAUGGGUCAUAGUGCUGGUGGGAUUUCUGCUGGGUUCCACGCUGUCUCUCCUGAAAGCGUGGGUCUGUUCAAGAGGAUGAUUCUUCAAAGCGGCAGCCCCAUGAACGCCAUCGCCAGCCUCUCUGCUCGUUCGGUAGGAAGCGUUAUGGAACUCGGUGCAGACUUGGCGUGCGAAGGGGUGAGAGAACGGAAACUGGGCGUGGUCAUGGACUGUCUGAGGCGCAGGGACAAAAACUUGUUGCUAGGGCAACUGAGUGGUCUCGAUCUACGCAAGAGCUUGUAUGGACCAAUAUCCGGAGACGAAUACGUUCCAGACGACCCGCUACUUCUGAGUAGUUGGAAGAAGAAGAUCAGAAGCACGGAGAUCAUAAUUGGAACUACCUCCAACGAGGGAGCGAUGUUUCUUUACGGUGCCAUGAAACUAGUUCCGCACCUCAAAAGCCUCCUCGCGCAGGAGUAUAGAUCGACCAUUACCAUUGCGAUUAGCACGACAUUGGGAAUUCCAAUUCGAGCUUCGAAAGAAAUUACCAAAGCCUACUUCGCCAAAUGGAAGGGGGAGCCCACCGAAGACGAAGCGCUUCGUGUUCUAGGAGAAAUGCUCGGAGACGGGCUUUUCGUGUGCCCCGCUACAAUCUUCGCAGACAUUGCCUCCGAGCAAAACAUUCCCGUAUAUAGGUACACGUUCGACUAUAGACCCUCGUUUAGCUUCUGGCCUGACUGGUUUGAGGUUGCGCACGGCGACGACCUCCCUUUCACCCUGGGCUCGCUAUUGUUUUACGGAGACGAGAGCAGAUUCGAGCCGGGAAUUCGCAAGGAGGACUAUGACUCGUUCAGACAACUCAAGUAUACCAGCGCAGAGAAGGAAUUUAUGUUGGCCAUGGUGUCAGUCAAUGUCGGAUUUUGUCAAAACAGGACAGCCAACAAUACCAGAAACAAAGCAAGAGUGGCCGAGGUACUCUUCUGCAAAUCCGGAGUACAUAAACAUCCGACCUGGCAACACCACGAGGCGACGGGGGCCAAACACAGAGAUCUGUAAGGUCUGGAAGCGCGUACUGAUGAAA